AUGGAUUUCAUCAAGACCAGUUCCCUGCGUGCUCUGAUUGAGUUAACUUUCCAACGCAAUGGAAUGGCCAUUUGGAUGAGUAGAAAAGGAGUUAUAGCCAAAAGAGUGGAGACUGUCCAGACGGCUCUAUCGAGAAACAGCGCCCAACCGCGCAGUCCGGCUGGCCGAGGAACGAUGUUCCGCGCUCGGCCAAAACUCGUCCGUCCGUCUGAAGUCUCGGCCAAAGUCCAAAACCACUCGGCCGAUCACGCAUCACGACCCGGGAAACUCAAGCCCGCGGUCGGCCACGCCACAACCGGCCACGCCACAACUCGCGCACGUACCGCGCACGAACGCUCCGUCCGACCCGGGGAGUAA